UAACAUUCGCGCGUCGUCCGCGCACUCACUUAGCACUUACCGACAUGUAAUUCAAUAACUCGCAUGUUUAUAAACUAAAAUAUUUUUACUUUCAGUGUUUAUUCAUUGUGUUUAACGCAUAAGCCUUAGUUCAGUGAAAUUUAAGACACAAAACGUUUAUUCUUAUAAAAAGUAAUUAAAAACAUAAACAAAAAUGCGUGUGUUGGUAUCUUUUUUAACGUUGAUCAUCAUCGUUGAAAGCUUCUGGGCUCAGCUUAUAAUGCACCAUCGUAAUAGAUUACAACGAUUGGAAAUUCAAGAUGAAGAAAACGUGCCGAUGAGGGUGAGAUUAAGGGACAGGGUGAAUGCACGCAUGCAAAGACAUCGAGAGAAAACUACAAGUCGAGUUUGUUAUGAUUUAGUCGGAUGUUUUGAAGUUCCGCAUGCAAACUCACCCUUACAAAAGAUGCCCGAGGCACCUGAAGACCUCGACACUAAAUUUUAUCUCUUCCGGCGUGAUUUGAAAUUUUCCGAACCGGAAGUCCUCCAUUAUGACGACAAUGGUACCAGUUUACAAGAUUCACACUUCAAUGUUGAUCAACCCCUAAAAGUCUACAUUCAUGGCUAUCAAAGUCGAUGGAAUGAGAAAGGGGCGUUUUUAUUAGCUGAUGCUUUUCUUAAAUUGGAAAACACCAAUGUGAUUAUUAUGGAUUGGUCCAAAGGUGCCCGAGGACCACAAUACGCUGCAGCUGCGGCUAAUACAGAAAUGGCUGGAAGGCAACUUGGAGUGUUGUUGAAUAUGAUGUUUGAAGCAGGCUUGAAUCCGUCAAAGACGCAUUUGAUUGGGUUUUCAUUGGGAGCACAUGUUUCUGGCUGUGCUGCAGAGUCUGUAAAAACACAAGGGAGGUUAAUUGGAAGAAUAUCUGGUUUGGAUCCAGCUGGACCACUUUUUAGACAUAAUCAUCUCAAGGAUAAAGCUAAGAAGUUGGAUAAGAGUGAUGCUAAAUUCGUGGAUGUUAUACAUACUGAUGGAAGUCCUGUUUUUAUUGAUGGUUUUGGUCUUUGGGAACCUAUUGGUCAUGUUGAUUACUUUGCAAAUGGCGGCCAGCAACAACCUGGGUGUCGAGAUCUUCAAGCAUCGAUCGUUGCUACUACUUUUGAUCGAACAUUGAACAAAGACAACGCCUGUUCUCACCUGAGGGCUUAUCACCUUUUCCUGGAGAGUCUGAUGAGUAAAUCUGCGAAGAGAUCUUGUGAAUUUUUAGCGUACAAAUGUCCCGGUGGGUUGCCUAGCUUCGAAACAGGACAAUGUUUUCCACAAAUUGAAGAUAAAACAGUUAAUCCGUUAGCCCUGGACGUUAAAUAUUAUACUGAUGUUGGUCGGGUAGGAGUUGAUGCCACUGGUGAUGGUGUAAUGUAUUUUGUAACCAGAGAUUCACCAUAUUUUUGUGGGACUCAGAUUCAAGCGAAUGUUGUUAUCAAUGGCAAAACACCGAGGACAGGUGGAGUUUUGUUUGUCACUCUGCAACAUGCAAAUUCAAGCACCAAUUUGCAAAUACCCAUUGAAAUCAGCGAUGGUUCAAAUAACGUUUCGUUGUAUCAACUCGCAACCGCAGAGUAUGAUUCAUUGAAGGCGUCCACCGCCAUUGUUGCACAUCUGCGAUACCGAAAUUACGAUUACAAAGAUCAUAAUAAUGUCACGAUACCAACGGGGCGACAUAUUUUUAUGAAUAAGUUCGAAAUUAAAGACAUUCAUGCGCACAGUUGGACAUAUUGUCGAAAACCAGUACAAAUCUCAAACGAUGAAGUGGCACUAAAACUGCACAAAAAUGGAUCGUGCUGAUCUAUUGCUUUAAAUAUUUAUAUGAUAACAAAGUAUUAUAGUUUUUAUCAUAUACCAGUCAUAAUAUUGAUACUAAGUUAGGUUUUUUGUUUAUCAUACAGUUCAAAUAUUUUGUUUUGAAUGUAUGUGUUGGAAUAAUGUUGUGUGAAUGUAGAAAAUUGAAUAUAAAUAUUUGUUUAUAUAAAAACACCAAA